AUGUCGAACCGAAGAGUCCCCUUGGCUAGCGUUCCCAAUGCUACGAACUCUCCCCAUCGAGGGGGCCUCCUUGCUACAAAAAGAGCGCGACCUAAUAGUGUACAGGCUGACGGGAAUGCCUCUCAACCUCCCUUGAAGAAGCAAGUACUAGAUCGAGGCAAUGUCGAUUUUAAGUCGCCGUCCCGGCCAUUGGUGUACGAGUCAGGCGACACCAAGGUUUUCACGCGCAAAAACAAUGCCCAGCCGAGUGCAUUCGAACGGAAGCUGGUAGCUGCUAAACAGGCUAGCCAAGCAGCAACCAGACAAAAAAAGGCUGUUAUUGAUUCUGCGGAAAGCGUGCGCCAAUGGCAGAAACAUUAUCGAAAAGUGUUUCCAGGAUUUGUCUUUUACUUCGACAGUGUCACCGAGGAAACUCGUAAAAGAUGGACAAAGCAGAUAGUAUAUCUUGGAGCAAGAGACGAGAGGUUCUUCUCAAAGUACAUCACCCACGUAGUUACCAGCCGACAAAUCCCCCUCGAAGUCGAAUUUCCUCACCCAGUGGAAGAGAAUCAAAUAUCGGAUGGCCUUCAUACGGAGACGCAUACUGUCGAUCCUUCACUGCUAGAAAAAAGUUUAGAACAAUCAUGUCAAGGGCGAAGCCGAUCUAAAACUGGACUAGAUAAACGAAUUUUGGAUGCAGAGGGAAAGAAAGACCUGAGUGGAAAUGUCGAUAUUUUGUUCCGUGCACGACAGAUGAACAUGAAAAUAUGGACACUCGAUAAACUGCAACGAUUUAUCUGUGCAAUUACUGAUCGUGAACUACCACAACAUGGUCAUUCUACUCGCAACAAUAUAGCGAAUAAAAGCAACGCUGAAGCUGAACUAUCUUCGGUUUUACGGAAUGAAAAAUUAAACGGCCAGUCCGAUCCGUCUUUGGGGUCGAAGGAUAUUGUGCCUUUCAAAGGACCUUACAUUUACAUUUACGAUUACCACCAGAGAACCCGCCCUAUAAUGAUUCGAGAGUAUCCUAAAGUUGCGAACAAAUUUGAGGGCAUUUGGCCCCAGUUUCGCACUACUCCCCUUGGAAAAUGCCCCUUUGUUGAAGAACCCCAGAACAAGAAAGAGAUUGAGCGAGAUAAAAGACAACGAAGAGCAGAACAGAAAUAUAAUGUUAAAGUGGCGUCAGCUGUUACAGCAAAAUCAAAUACCAUGGCUCCUCCGCCCCCGGUUGGAAAACCGGUUCCUAAGUAUUCCCAGAGCAAUUCCCGUGGCGAAAUUGCCGAGGGCCUUGAUAGCGCCCAGCGCUUUUCCAAUUUUGGGGCUAGUACCAUACCGUACCCGUCAUUUGAAGGCCAUUCUCGCGCAGAAAUCGCGGCUUCAGGGAUUCAGCCAUCUAAUAUCACCUCUGCAAUUCGAUCCCAGAUGAUUUCCUCCACAGCUGCUGCUUCAGGUGUGAAGGCUGGAACCAGUAAAGAGAUUCAUGAGCUGAAGCGAAAAGUGCUGGAGAAAAACAACGGAAUCUAUUCCUCAGCAAAAAUGUCUCUGGGCGCUGGAACAUCCAGGGUACCAGCAACGCGAUCUUCGAAACUUAAGGCUACAGAGAAUUUUGUGCCAAUUCCAGAUGAUAGUAGAGCCAGACCUACAGAACCUGAAGCGCAAAAUACUCGUGCUAUAGUAAAGGCAAGCAAUACUAAGCAGAACCUCAGGCAGAAGAAGGACCCAAAAGCGGGAUAUUGUGAAAAUUGCCGUGAAAAAUAUGAUGACUUUGAGGAGCACAUCCUUACACGGCAGCACAAGAAAUUCGCAAUGACUGCAUCAAACUGGGUAGAACUGGACUACUUACUUCGAGAGCUACAACGCCCUGAAAAAACCAACGCGGAUUUAGAGCGUUCUGGGGAUUGUGGGUCCACAUUUUAUUGA